AUGACCCCCACGACGCCACCUCCUGGUGCUCCGCCUGGCACUUGUGGCUGCCAGUGCUGCAGCCAAAAGCGGCUGGAAGCUUCGAUGUUCCGCAGCUGCCGCCGGAGCGCGAUGCUCACACAGCGGCUCCUUCGCCGACUUCGCUAUGCUGCAACCGAGUCGCUGCUCUCGCGGCCUUCUGGGCCAUCCAUCCCCAAGGGCCCAGGGGAUCGAUGGAAGAUCCCGCCCAACUACGAGGUCGCCCGGUGA